AUCAGGUUGGCCAGGCGUGGUCUGCUACAGUCAGUAUAUCACAAUAGAGGAUCCCGUUACUUUGCAGAUUAAUAUGACCACCAAUAUCGAUUUUGAUUACGAUAGUACGUUGUUACAACCGAGAUUUUAAACGUAGCUCAAAAUUAGAAGUGGCCUGUUAGAAAUUGAGGGGCGUUUUUUAGCUGAUCAUCAUGUAUACGAUGCCUGAAAGCUCUGAAUGCGCUGGAGACAUAUUCGACUGCAUACAGAGAGGGAAUAUUGAGCAGUGUGUAGAAUUGAUUCAAAAUGAUCGAUCAAUUCUCAAGGAAAAAGGCUGGGGUGGUUUCACUCCUCUCCACUCUGCUGCCCUCCAUGGAAACCGCUCCCUGGUUGAAAGCUUGCUAAGUAACGGUGCUGACCCUAACCUAGUAUCCGAAGCGGGACAGACCUCAUUUCACUUUGCCUGCAGGCAGGGAAACAUCUACAUCAUGCACCAGAUGAUGCAACACGGGGCAGAUCUGAGACUGGUGGACCUGCAGGGGAAAACAUCUCUGCACCAUGCGGUGCUGGGAGGCAGCAUUGUAGCCAUGCAUUACCUGUGGGAGACAGGAAUGUUCCGGUACUCUGACUCAGACAUGUAUCAUCUCACAUCGCUGCACAUGGCAGCCUCCACCAGCAACACCGAGGUGGUUCGCUACCUGCUCCGACACCAGAGAUGUGCAGUGGAUGCUCUUGACCAGGAGGGGGCGACAGCGCUCCACGUGGCCGCAGACCACGGAGGCGUGGAGGUGUGUUGGACGCUGCUGCAGAGGACCGGCUACAGGAUGCUCCACUGGAAGAACCACCACGGCCUCACCCCGCUGGACCUCAGCAAGCUGGGGAAGACCUUUAGGCAUCAGCAACUCACAAAAUUACUGAGGCUGUAUAUUAAUGAGCCAAUGCACCACACGCCAAAGGAGUCCCACGUCCUGUACUAUUGGACGCUGCUCUACCCGACUCUGAGCGCCUCGGUGAUCCUCAUCAUCGCGGCCUUGGGGGGGGGCUACGGGGGGCUUCUCUGCGGCCUGCUGUUUCCCUGGCUGGCCAGUAGCAUCUUCACAGCGUUCCACCGCAUGACCACCUACCAAAGGUUACCAAACCCCAUCUACCUGGGCACGCUCUUCGCUGGCUUGUUCCACACCUUGCUCUGCUUCUAUGGGCAAAUCAUGCUCAGCAUGUGGUCCACCGGGCUCCUGGUGCAGUUCUCCAUGUUCCACUUUGCCCUGGUGCUGGGGCUGCUGUGUAAGAUCCUGACCCAGGACCCCGGAGCGCUGGGCCGGGCCGAGUCGGACCCCCGCUUCACCUGCAUCGCAGACCUGGUGGAGAAGAACGAGAAGCCCCAGAGGUUCUGCCCCUACUGCGAGAUCUUCCAGCCCGACCACAGUAAACACUGUAAGCUGUGUGACGUGUGCGUGGCCGACUACGACCACCACUGCCUCUUCCUCAACCGCUGCGUGGGCAGGGACAACCACCGCCUCUUCCUCGUCUUCCUGAUCUCCUUGGUGACCGCCCACCUCCUCUUCCUCGUCACGGCGACCAGCUACCUGAACGGCAAGAAGGCGGCCGGGUACCACGGCGCCACCUCCUCGUGGUCGUCGUGGCUACCGUUCUUAGGGGCGGAGUUCUGGGUGGCGACCCUGGCCGUCAUGAACGCGCUGACAUUGCUGUGGGAGGCGUGGCUGCUGAAGGAGCAGUUUGAGGCCGUGGUGGCGGGGACCACCACCUUCUUCCGACAGGACGAGGCGACGGGCCGGCGGCGGUCGCUCGGCCAGCGCUGGGCGGCCGUGCUCUCCUUCCUGCUGGAGGGGCGGGACGGCCUGGUGCGGAGGCAGGCCCCAACGGACCAGACGGCCCUCGUCAUUUAGGAGCCGCCGAACCUCGGGGACGUCUGUGUCGUCGCGAAAAAAAAAAAAAAGUCCUUUGUCUACACUGAAACAAAAAAAGGAUCUCAAGUCCGUUAUUAUUAGUAUGUAACAAAAAAAAUGUGACUGCCACCUUAAGUUGUUGUACUUGAAUGUGAACUGUUUACUGAUGAAAUUGCUCUGACUGUAUUUGAACGCACUACACUACUAGAGACCCUCGCGCGGUGUGGCCGUUAGGCUCAUCUCCACUCAGACCUCUGAACCCCUGAGAUUCUUGACUGUCAAUGAAGCUGUGCACUACGGAGCUCUGGUGACCAUACAGGCUCCAAGCCACGCUUUAACAACACGCAUUGUCCUGUGAAGCUGGGACAUUUCUCGACUGUGUUUUAGCAGAAACAAAUAGGAUAUCUGUCUCUGUCUCAGCACGUCUGUGGUUUUAUAUAACACACGUUUUACCUUUUAACGUCAGUAUUGCAGUUUUCAAUAAAAAGCCUGCCAUUGAAUGAC